GGUAAUCUGUGAAAAUGGUUCGCUAUUCACUUGACCCAGAGAACCCCACAAAAUCAUGCAUACCAAGAGGUUCAAAUCUUUGUGUUCACUUUAAGAAUACUCGUGACACUUCUCAGGCCAUCAAGGGUAUGCAUAUACGAAAAGCCACGAAGUAUCUGAAAGAUACCACUUUACAGAAACAGCGUGUAUCAUUCCAACAUUACAAUGGUUGCAUUGGUUGGUGUGCCCAGGCCAAGCAGUGGGGCUGGACACAAGGUCAGUGGCCCAAAAAGCUUGCUGAAUUUUUGCUGCACAUGCUUGAAAAUGCAGAGAGUAAUGCUGAACUUAAGGCUUUAGAUGUAGAUUCUCUGGCUGUUGGGCAUAUUAAAGUGAACAAAGCACCUAAGAUGCGCCGCUGGACCUACAGAGCUCAUGGUUGGAUUAACCCAUACGUGAGCUCUCUCUGCCACACUGAGAUGAUCCUUACUGAAAAGGAACAGAUUGUUCCUAAACCAGAAGAGGAGGUUGCCCAGAAGAAAAAGUUAUCCCAGAAGAAAUUGAAGAAACAAAAACUUAUGAUACAGGAGUAAAUUCAGCAUUAAAAUAAAUACA